AUGCGUACCACAUACAACAACCCUCGCGGCGCCAUCCCAUCAUCAUCAGCAUCAAUGUCUCGUAGCACCACACUCCCGAUUCAAAAUGAUUUUACAAUCUAUCAACAACGAGACCGCGGCUCAAUCCGGUUCGACAGUUUCAACUCCGAGUCUCUCCUAGAGUCCGAAGCCAAGAUGCGCAGAUGGCAGAUCAGGCGCAAGACACUUAUCUGGAAGGUCCUGCGGGCGUUGAGGAGGGCUGUGUCGCUUAGCAGGAUGGCGGACCGGAUUUUGGACGAUGUGGAGGUGGGGGAUACGUGGGGGUGCGAAGCUAGGAGUGAGGCGGACUAG